AGCAUUUGUACAGUAGAUCAGACUCGCGCUGGAAUAUUUCCUCAGCUUUUUCAUCAGCAAGUCAUAACUCGAUUAUUAGACGAAGACGCAGUGCUGUCUGCUGGAGAGGCGCGUUCACAGCAUGCACUUGAGAUGGCGUAGUCUUCACAUGUUUGUGCAAAACAUCAUUGUGGUGAUUUGUGUAUGAUAUGAGAAAGCUGUGCAUGCAAGACAGCUGCGUGUGCAUCCAAGACAUCUGAGGUAAUCCAAUCAAUAUGAUCAGUGAUUUGUAUAUAUAUGCCAAAGCUUUCAUAUUUCUUUUUCAUUUUGCAACAUAGAUUUUGCAUAUUUCAUAUAUUUACUUUUUAACCCUAAAAUGUUUAUUUUUUACAGGUAUACUCAAUGUGCCCUCAAACUUUGGAGGCCGGUCUGUGUUUCACACAUGCUUUAGUUUCACUUCAGACUAUUGAUAGACUUGUACCCAAAGACACUCGACAGUGUGAAAAACCGAACAAUGCACCACUGAAAUCAUGAUUCACAAUCUGAAAAGGUUCUGCAGAAGAAGAACAAUGGCAAUGAAUGUAGCAUCACAGCCCGGCCAAAUGGACCGCAACAGUAGCUACCUUCAGUUGGUGGAUGCUUUCACAUCUUCACUGGGAACACUGGAGCAGCCAAUGGUUGAUGCACAAGAAACAGAUGAUGAUCCAGUCAAAGAUCCAGAUCCCUGUUUACUCAUAGAGAUAGAGGGAGCGAUGACCGGUGCGUAUUUACAGAAUCCUGCGGCUGAUGGUGAUGGUUUGGGUACGAGUCUGAGUGUGUUGGAUAAACUGAUACACACACACCCCAUCUGGCUUCUGCUUUCUAUCGACCAGCACAAGGUCACUGACAUCCUACUAAAGCAACCAGCUGGGGUAUUUCUGGUGUGGAGGUCACCUGUCCUUCAGAAGAAAGUCUUAUCUUUCCACAUGGAUGGAACCUCAGACUCCAUCAAUCACGUCCCUGUCAAGGAGAGCCUGUAUACAUUUUCUCUGGAGGAAUCAAGAACUGGUUUUGCAGACCUCUUUCACCUUGUGGCCUUUUACUGUAUAAGCAGGGACAUACUGCCGUGCACUCUGAAGCUUCCAGAAGCUGUUCGUUUAGCAGAAACUCUGUCUGAUCUGAAUGAGGUGGCCCAGCAAGGUGCAGCAUUCUGGAAGUCAUCUCUCAACAAUCAACACGAGACACUUUGUAUUUCAGACAGUCCUCCUGUUCAAGAGAAACCUCUGAUCUCCUUGCCCGGCAACUGUUCUGAGAUUGAGGACUCCUGCUCAAAUACAUCAGAAGGUCUGAAAGGUUGCUCCAUCAGUGCUUUGUCUUUAAUCAAACCGAUCCCCCUUCAGACACAAGUGAUCUCAAAAGACCCAACAGCAGCCAAAGGGAAAUCCUGUUCAUCUCCUCCACCCAGCCCUCAUCCACCUCGCAUUUUGAUUCAUACACCUACUGCACCUCCAGGUUCGAGGACUAUGCCUUUAAGCAUCGGCUUUAACAGACUGAGUCAGGGAUCCAAGUCUAGCACCAUGUCCAAGGGAUCCAAACAACCCAGUACCAAGAAUCCUGGCCCUCCACCACGACUUUGUCAAGCACCAGACAUUGACAGUUACCGUUGCAUUAUCGCUUUGGAUGAUGAAACCAUCUCUAGGGCCCUAUCUCAAGCCAAUCUGCCCCAUACCACACCUGCCAACAUCCUGCGACAAUGGACAGGACUAGAAGAGAAAGGGCAAAGCUCAAGUGGCCGAAGUUUGUCCACAUCUUCAUUCGACUCCCUGGAUUCUUCUCUUUAUUUGAACCGGUCCCAGGGCAUGGGUCAAAGGCUCUCCACGGACGACAGCAGUAAUGAAUACGAUGAAGAAGAGGAAGACUACGGUGUGGAACUAAAGCGAGACUUACAUCUCCGGCUGAGUGGUUCCCACAGACUCCUGGCGAUGGAAUUUACGGGGGCUCGUCCGAGAUCGUUCGUCAUCUUUCCGCGGGCAUUAAAGGGACACUUCUGCAAGGUCCUAGGGGUCCUCAAAGUCUUGGCUAAACCUGAGAAACGCAUCUUACUACAGAUCAUUGAGCUGGCCCAGGACAAAGGCUCCUACUUUGGUUGCCUGGUGCAGGACUACUUGAGCUAUGUGCAGGAGAACAAAAACUGCCUCACGUCGUGCCAGGAUCUUCUCCAGACUAUUCGCCAGUUCAUGACCCAGAUGAAGGCUUAUCUCAUACAGAGCUCAGAGAUAAACCCACCCAUUGAAUCUUACAUACCUGAGGACCAGAUUGAUGGAGUGUUGGAAAAGGCCAUGCAUAAAUGCGUGCUGAAACCUCUGUACGGUUCAGUGAAGUCGGCCCUGCAUGAUUACCAGGUCUCCAGCGGGGAGUGGCGGAGACUGCAAGAAAAUCUGGCCAUGGCCAAGACCAAACAGCCCAGAGAACUGGGGGCAAAUGCAGCAAGACCACCAGGAACCUACGCCAUUAACCGGAUCCGCAGAAAACUGGCAGCCAUGUGCAGGAUGUACUCGCCUGAGAGGAAGAUCGUGGUGCUGUUGGAAGUUUGUAAACUCAUCUACAGUAUUAUGCAAGAUCACAAAGUGCGACUGUUCGGAGCUGAUGAUUUUCUGCCUAUGUUGACAUAUGUGUUGGUCCAGUGUGACAUACCUCAGUUGGACACAGAAAUCUUGUACAUGAUGGAGCUGAUAGAUCCAUUAUUGCUACAUGGAGAAGGAGGUUAUUACCUCACCAGUGCAUAUGGAGCAAUGUCACUGAUUAAGAACUUCCAGGAAGACCAGGCUGCUCGAAUCCUCAGCUCUACAACACGUGACACACUCCACCAAUGGCACCAAAGACGCAGCAUGCAGAGAGAUCUGCCCUCUUUGGACGACUUCCAGAAUUACUUGCGUGUGGCUUUGCAAAAGGCAGACAGCUGCUGCAUGGCUAAAACCCUGCAGGUGCGGCCCUACACCACCACUGAAGAGAUGUCGAGCCUUUGUGCCCUCAAAUUCGGCGUGUCUGAUCCUGAAAACUAUGGAGUUUUUCUCUACACGGGCGACAGCAGCCAGCAGCUAGCCGCAGACACGUACCCUCAGAGGAUUAAGGCAGAAUUACACAGUCGGCCAAACCCUCCAUCAUUUCACUUUGUCUACAGAAAGACACAAACAUAAACUGAAUUCCUGCCUAACAGCAUUGUGGGAGCUGCCCUAAAGACCAAAGCUUUUUGCUUUUUUUGCAAAACAAAACUGGAAAGACUUUACUCGAUUUUAAAUUGCUACUACCUAUUAAUCUCUUAAGCUGCCUUUCCACUGCACACGACAAACGGAAACGAUUGUCGGAGUUCGCCCCCUAGUGGCAGUUGUAAUGAAGUUUCAGGUUUAUCGUAAAACAGGGGAGAGAAGCUCAUUCCAGCACAAGAGGCUUCAUUCUCAUAUUUACCAUAGUGGAAUAAAUAAAUGAAUGAAACAAUACAUUGGGAAUCCAUAUGACAAAGACUGACAAUAUUUUUUGGAGGGAUCAAAUGGAGAGUCAAAGGAUUCAAGUGUUACUGAUAAAGUUAAACAAAAAGGAUUAAAUAAUUUUCACUUCGCACAGUGUUUUGAUUGGAAUGCACUGAAAUGCAUCGAUUCUGGCCAGCGUAUCACACGCGGCGUAGUAAAAAAAAAAAUUCGGAUCCAACUGUCAAAACGAUCCGUAAAUUACAUAUCAGCAGACGGUUGGCACCUCACGCAGCCCCUUUGCGACUUGAAUGAAUAACUUCCAGUUUAUCGGCCGUUGUUUGUCGUGUGCAAUGCCAAAUUAUUCUAUUAUUUGGUACAAUGUCACUUGACACUACAGCUGGUGCUAUAUUUUAUGUGUCCAUCCUGUAUAUAUUUUAUGCGUCCUGUAUAUACUGUUGUUUGCACUGUCUGUCUUAGAGCUACGUACUGCAAUAAGUGCAACGUGUUGUUGUUGUUGUUUGCCUAGUGUAGCUCUGUAUGUGACUCUGUUGUUCUGUGUAGCUCAGCCCACGUGAUCAAAUAGCCUGCGCGCACAUUUUGGCAACAGAAGUGGUGUUAUUCCACAGUGGUUCUAACGUGGUAACAACUCAGAAAGUUUAUCAAAACGGUUUCCCAGCAUCAAAACGUCUCUGGUUGUUGCGUUUGGUUGCACUAAUAUAAUAUACUAAUAUACGUAUGUAUCUGGCAACUUUAUAUUUGGGCAUCUGCUAAUGCUUCUAUCCACUCCACUGAAGUACACAGAUCUGGUAACUGUGUUAACGUUCUCUUUCUGUGUUGCUUCACUGCUGAGUUGCCAUACUUCCAUUUCCAAAAUGCGCACGCAUACGUUGCAACGUCAUCAUUGCGUACAAACAGUAAAAGGGUCUUUCUAAAUCAAAGUAAGUAUCUUGUAAAGUUGUCGGUUUAAAAACUUAAGUCUUUUAAAGAGUUGUUCAGGUCAGUCAGAAGAGAUAUCUAUGGAAGCCCACUUCCACCAUGUUGUAAAAA